CAUCGUAUUUGAUCAUCAUUUCUUAAUCACUCUUCACAACAAUUCCUGUUUAAUUUUUCAAAACCAAAUUCUCAUUAAUCCCCACAAUUAAUUCUUUCAAAUCCUAUUCUUGUUGUCGUUUAACUCGCUUUUGUUCUUCAGUUUUGCCAUUGCCCAUUGGUUUUGUUUUUCGAUCGCAUUUUUGGUCGAAAAAAAUGAAAGAAACCGUGGGAAAUCCUCUUCAUCUCAAGUCGUUGAAUCAUAUAUCGCUUGUGUGUCGAUCGGUUGAAGAAUCUAUCGAUUUUUAUACGAAUGUUCUUGGAUUUUUCCCAAUCAGACGGCCCGGAUCGUUCGAUUUCGACGGUGCAUGGUUGUUUAAUUAUGCAAUUGGAAUUCAUUUGUUGCAAUCAGAAAACCCUGAUAAUAUGCAGAAGAAAAGUGAAAUAAACCCCAAGGAUAAUCAUAUUUCAUUUCAGUGUGAGAGUAUGGGAGCAGUGGAGAAGAAGCUGAAGGAAAUGGAAAUAGUUUACAAGAGACAGAGGGUAGAAGAAGGUGGAAUCUAUGUGGACCAGUUGUUCUUUCAUGAUCCUGAUGGGUUUAUGAUUGAGAUAUGCAACUGUGAUAACCUUCCGGUGGUCCCGAUAGCCGGAGAAAUGGUCCGAUCAUGCUCGCGGUUAAACUUAGAUAUCAUUUCUCAGAAACAGAUACAAACAGUUGUUCAUUUGUAAGCAAAUGGAUCUCUGUUAUGGUCUGUUUUUAUGUUAUUAUAUGAUAUUAAUUUGUGAUGUUUAAAUUGGGCUGAGAGGUUUAAUUUCUAGUUAUAUUUGGUCUCUUUGAUAUAUGAUCUAUGUGCUGUUUUAGGGUUUUAAAAAUAAAUCAAAACUUGGUAUUUUUAUCUC